CAUGUAUCUUUUCCUCUAGGACGGAACGUGAAAAGUAAAAAGUUUAUCUCUUUCUAUUCAACACUAAUAGAAAGAGGUAGUUAAAUGAAACUUUUCACUUUUCACGUUUCCGCUCUAGGGAAAAAGUUACAUGGAUCGCUACCCAGCUCAGUCAGUGCAACUAAAAGAAACAGACCAAAUACCUUCAUAUUUCCAUACUAUUGCAUGCGCAUGCAUGCGCUCUCCUGGACGAUACGGCCAGAUACGGCGCAGCACAAUUAGCGUGGUUAGCUUUGCAAUCGUCGAGUUUGUUUCAUAAACCGGUUUGUGUGUGAAUAAAUAUUAGCAGAAAAUAGACGUGUAAACUCUUUGUUAAAAAAAAGCAAUAGGAGAAAAUGGUCAAUGCGAAGGACGAAGAGACCGCGGUCGUGGAAAAUGGCCCACAGAAAACGACCAAGCAGUUGCAAAAGGAGGCCAAGAAGUUGGCCAAGUUAGAGAAAUUUAAACAGAAGCAGGAGAAAAAGGGGACCGAAAAGUCGGUAAACGUAAAAGAGAAACCAGAGAAAAAUGAUAACAAGAAAGAAACUACAGCAAUCUUGUAUACUAUCGAUACACCACCUGGAGAAAAGAAAAAUGUCACAUGCCCAAUGCCAGAUACGUAUAGUCCGCAAUAUGUGGAAGCUGCAUGGUAUCCUUGGUGGGAAAAGGAAGGUUUUUUUAAACCAGAAUAUGGAAAAAAAGAUAUAUUGGAGGAAAAUCCAAAGGGAAAAUUUGUAAUGGUAAUACCACCGCCUAACGUAACUGGUUUCUUACAUCUUGGACAUGCUCUGACUAACGCUGUAGAAGAUGCUAUUACUAGAUGGAACCGUAUGAAAGGUCGUACAACACUCUGGAAUCCGGGUUGUGAUCAUGCGGGUAUUGCUACCCAGGUAGUUGUAGAAAAAAAGCUGUGGAAGGAAGAAAAUAAAUCUCGUCAUGAUAUUGGUAGAGAAGAAUUUAUCAAGAGAAUAUGGCAGUGGAAAUAUGAAAAAGGCGAUAGAAUUUAUUCGCAAUUGAGGAAGAUAGGCGGUUCUUUUGAUUGGAGCCGUGCUUGUUUUACAAUGGAUCCUAAAUUGUGUAAAGCCGUAACAGAGGCAUUUGUGCGCUUGCAUGAUGAAGGUAUUAUUUAUCGCAGCAAUCGUUUAGUUAAUUGGUCGUGCGCUUUAAAAAGUGCGAUAUCGGAUAUUGAAGUUGAUAAAGUGGAAUUAAGUGGACGGACUCUGCUUUCUAUACCUGGCUACGAAAAGAAAGUAGAAUUUGGUAUUUUGGUAUUUUUCGCUUAUCAGCUCCUUGAUUCGGAAGACAAAAUAAUUGUGGCAACCACUCGCAUUGAAACUAUGUUAGGAGAUACCGCUGUUGCAGUGCAUCCAAAGGACAGUAGAUACGUACGAUAUAUUGGAAAAUAUGUGCAGCAUCCAUUUUGCGACAGGCAUAUACCCAUUAUAGGAGAUGAGUUUGUCGACAUGGAAUUUGGCACUGGUGCUGUAAAGAUUACGCCAGCCCAUGAUCCAAAUGAUUAUGAGGUUGGAAAGAGGCAUAAUCUGCCAUUUAUCAACAUUUUUGACGAUGAUGGAAACGUUAUUGGAGACUAUGGCGAAUUUACGGGAAUGAAAAGAUUUGAUGCCAGAGUAGCUAUCAUUAAAGAGAUGAAAAAAAGAAACCUGUUGAUCAGUAUAAAAGACAAUCCAAUGGUAAUACCCAUAUGUAGUCGAUCGAAAGAUGUGGUCGAACCUCUCGUGAAGCCACAAUGGUAUGUCAAGUGUGACGAAAUGGCUGCUCAAGCUAGGGAAGCGGUAAGUACGGGUGCUCUGAAAAUAAUUCCAGAACAAUUUAAGAAAACUUGGUAUAUCUGGAUGGAUAGUAUCAGAGAUUGGUGUAUUUCGCGUCAGCUCUGGUGGGGCCAUCGCAUUCCUGCCUAUGCAAUUAAGUCUACUAGUUCUUCUAUAAACACAAAGAAGAUAGAUGAAUAUUGGGUAAGUGCGCAUUCCGAGGCUGAGGCUAAAGAAAAAGCGGCUAAGAAAUUGGACGUUAACGUAAACGACAUUAUUGCGGAGCAAGAUCCUGAUGUAUUAGACACUUGGUUCUCUUCUGCUCUUUUUCCAUUCUCUGUCUUUGGUUGGCCAGAUGAAACUCCUGAGCUCAAGGCGUUUUAUCCAGGUACGCUAUUAGAAACUGGCCACGAUAUACUCUUCUUUUGGGUUGCCAGGAUGGUCUUUAUGGGUCAAAAAUUGUUGAAACAGCUGCCUUUCAAAGAAGUAUAUCUGCACGCGAUGGUGAGAGAUGCACAUGGAAGAAAAAUGAGUAAAUCCUUGGGAAAUGUAAUAGAUCCUAUGGAUGUAAUCAAAGGAAUAUCUUUAGAAGAUCUCCAAAGACAAUUGUUAGAUUCCAACCUGGAUCCAAAAGAGCUUGAACGAGCUCAAGAAGGUCAGAAGCGUGAUUAUCCGCAAGGCAUUCCCGAAUGUGGAACGGAUGCUCUGCGAUUCGCUCUCUGUGCCUAUACUACUCAAGGGCGAGAUAUAAAUCUUGAUAUAUUCCGCGUACAAGGAUACAGAUUCUUUUGCAACAAGAUAUGGAACGCUACAAAAUUCGCACUUACCUAUCUUGGAUCUCAAUUUAAAUGCGACAAUUUAAAUGAUAAGAAAUACAAUAACGCAAAUUGUAUUGACAUGGUUGGAGAUAGUGAGUGGUAUCAGUGGACUUUGAAUGAAUCGUGCGUGCAGGAGGCGCUAAAUAAUUACUUGGCGGAUUACCCGUACCUCGAUGGUUAUACACCUUCGCAACUUGACUCGGCAGUUCAUCGAUCAUUGAAGAAAUUAAACAUUGAUCUUGCAAGGCAUCUGCACAUUAAACGUUGGUACGACCAUGUCGCCACAUUUACGGCUGAAGAAAAGGCUGUGUUUCGUGCGGAACAAAAUAAAAUGAUACCAAAACUUGCAUACGUUAACGAGCAUCAACGCAAUAAUGACGAUACAUUUGAGCUGACUGGGAAUGAGAAAAAUGUAGAUUUAUGGAUGUUAUCACGAGUUAGUUACGCCGCCGCGACUUGCGACGAAGCAAUAAAACAGUAUGAUUUUGCAUUAGCUACUUCUACCUGUUACAAUUUAUGGCUAUAUGACUUGUGUGAUAUUUAUCUGGAAUACCUCAAGCCAAUAUUCCAAAGCGAAGAUAAUGCGGCUAAAUUAGCGGCUCAAAAAAUAUUAUUUAUAACGCUAGAUGUGGGGUUGCGUUUGUUGAGCCCGUUUAUGCCCUUUAUAACGGAAGAGCUUUAUCAACGUUUACCUCGUAAGAAGCUAAUAUAUCCAAGUAUAUGUGUAAGUCCAUAUCCAGAUGAUGCCAAGUGCCGUUGGAGAAACCGAGAGGUCGAAAAGGACGUUGAGUUUGCGCAAAAAAUAAUUAAAAAUGUUCGAUCUGCCCGCGCAACUUACAAUUUACCGAAUAAAACGAAAACUGAAGCGUAUAUCGUGUGUAGUGAUUCGGCUUUAAAGGAGAAGAUUAUUCGGUAUAAAUUACUCAUAGAAACUCUUGCAUAUUCUAUUCUCAGCACGCGAAAACCACCAGUAGGUUGUGCUAUUGUUACUGUAACUGACAAAGUUCAAGUGCAUCUAUUACUAAAGGGUUUGAUUGACCCAAAGAAAGAGUUAGAAAAAUUACAAAAAAAGGAAGGACAAUUAGUCGAGAUUAUACAAAAAUUGAAACAGGAUUUAGCUGUGCCCGAUUAUGAUGUAAAGGUACCUCUUGAUGUUCAAAAGAAUAACAAGGAAAAGUUGGCGAAUAACGAAGGCGAAUUGCAACGAAUAAUUGAUGCAGUAAUGGUCUUACAAACAAUGUAGACAGUAAAUACAUAGAAAAUUUUAUAAACAUUUAAAUUACGAUUCAUAUAAGUUACUUAUUUAUUGAAUUAUUUAACAUACUUAAGUAACUUAUUUAUUGAGUUAAUAGAAAAUUUACUUAGAAAUUAUGCUCUCCUCUUAUUUAAAAUUGUAGUCGGAUUAAACAUGAAUACGUGCGUGCGCGAAAAUGUACAGAUGACUGUAUAAAAUGUAUACAGAACAAGUUUAUUCUGUAACCUUUUAAUGUGUGCGUCAAAGAUCUAAGUUAGACACUUUCUAACGUGUUAUUCUGUAAAUGUUUUUUAUUGCAAGCUGGCGUAAGGCUCCUACUAGCUCGAUUGCCAAGUUUAUGUUGACAGUACAUACAGCGUCACUCUUGGCAAAAUUGCGACUUAUAAAAAAUGAAAAUGACGUUAAAAAGCUAAAUUAUUCUUGUAACAUACAGCGUCAUUUUUCAUUUUACUGUAGUGUUUUUAUAUUUAAAAUAAUUGUAGUGUGUGUUAAAAUAUACCGAGGAUUCCCAUCUAUUAUAAAUAUGUGAAAGCAAAUAUUUAUUUCAAUUCGGCAAUUGUAAAACAGCUUGUUUCGUCCUUGAUUAGAUACAAUUCAAUUCGACAUACAUGGGUUAUUGAUUAUCUACACAAUAGGGGAGUUUUUUGUAUAUUUUACAAAUCCAUCGAUUACAAAUGCGAUUUUAUUAAAAAAAUAUUUUUAUUUUAAUGUACGUUGUAAGAAUUUUUAUGAUAUAUUUUUUUGCUUUUGACGUCAUCAAUUCAAGAUAGCUGCAAUGAGUGAACAGGAGUCUUAAUAAAUUUUUUAAAUUCUCGAGAAUCUGCUUCCUACAUGGCAGAGACGAUACGCAGUUAUUUACUGUGUCCAGAAACGAUGAUUCAUUUAUUAACAAAUAAAGAGAAGCUAACAAAGUU